UGAGUCGCGAGUGAGGCGAGAGGGAGAGAGUGCGCGCGCGCGUGUGUGUGUCACGCAGUCCGGCUGGGUCGGCUGACGGGACCCGGCGGGCGCUGCCUUGCGGGGAGGGGGGGGCAAGGAGAAGGAGCCCCCGAGGCGGGGGGAAAAGGGUCCGGGUCUGGGACGCGGGCACCCAUGAGCCUCCUCCGAGGCCGGAGCGAGCGGUGAGGAGAGGAGUGCGGGCGGGCAGGCAGGCAGGCAGGCAGGGACACCCGCAAGAGCCGCCCGCCCGCCUGCUCGCCCGGCCCAGCACCGCGGCGGCGCACAGCGGCAGGCAGGCGGCGUCAUGGACUGGCUCAUGGGAAAAUCUAAAGGAAAACCAAAUGGUAAAAAGCCAGCACCAGAAGAAAAGAAACUCUACCUAGACCCAGAAUACACAAAGUCCAGAAUUACUGACUUCGAAUUCAAAGAGUUAGUCAUGCUACCACGUGAAAUAGAUCUUAAUGAGUGGCUAGCCAGCAACACAACAACCUUUUUCCAUCACAUCAAUUUACAGUAUAGUACAAUAUCUGAAUUUUGUACAGGAGAGUCAUGUCAGACCAUGGCAGUGUGCAAUAC